AUGACCGUUGUGUCCCAGCCCGUUCCCAAGCUGGCGCCUAAAGUCAUUGAGGAUAUCCGCAGCAAAGCCCUGACGGCCGCUCCCCGCUUCCUGCGAAAGCGCUACAAAUCCUUCCGUCCGCGGGUUAACAGCACAAGCGGGUUCCUGCACCCCGCGGGCUUCGCGGGGCCCGCAGAGCUGGCGGCGAUGCAGGCGGGGAUCGAGUUCCAGUUGCAGCCCGUGGCGGCCGCCACAAAGGUGCUGCUGACAGGGGAAGGCGUGCCGCGCAAGUACUACAGCGGCGGCUGGGCGUUCCGCACUGAUACGCCGGCUGAGGGGUACGAGGGGCCGAUGCCAAUGGAGAAGGUCAUGGUGGACUGGGGCGGUGUUGCGGCAGAGAACCAGCUGUGCCCCUUCAAUUACCCCGAAGGCGCCCCGCAAGGAAGCUGCGCCCACGUGUCCCUCGUAGAAAUCGACUCGAUGAUGUCAUUCAAGCAGGCGAUGGCUUACCUGGUCACGGGCAAUGAGGCCCACGCCCAGCUGGCGUCUGACAUCAUCUUGGCCUGGUCCACCAAGAACAAGGAGGUUGGGCCCCGCAACAAGAACGGACCCUUGGAGUCUGCCUGGAGCUGCUCCGCCAUGGCCCGCGCGGUGGAGCUGCUGCGCUCCUCCUGGCCGGACUUCAGCAAGCAGACCCUCAGCGCCUACCUCAACUGGCUGGACGAGGUGCUCUACCCCCAGAUGGACUUCUACACCGAUGUCAUCACGCCCACCGCCCUCAACAACGGCCGCAAACACCUGUACGGCAACUGGCACGCGUCCGUCGCCGACUGCUUCGUGUCCGCGGGCAUCCUGGCCGACGACCGCGUCCGCUACGAGAAGGGCGUGGCGCUGCUGAAGAAGACCACGGCCGAGUACUUCAAGUGGGGCCGCGGCGAGUGGGCCGAGUGGGCCGGGCAGGCCCGCCUGGUGGGAGAGUCGAGCGAGACGCUGCGCGACAUCUUCCACACCCAGUUUGGCCUGGGCAGCCUGCUGCAGGCCGCGGAGUCCGCGUGGAUCCAGGGGCGGGACGAGUACUCGACGGCCGACUACGCGCUCGCGGCCGCCAUGGAGUUUCACGCGCGCAUCAUCAACGCGCGCGACGCGCGCGACGAGACCGCGAUGCCGCCGGGGUACAAGUUCUUCGAGAGCAUCCCCCCGGCGCCGGAGGGCUGCGCGUGGCGUUGGGACAUGGAGUCGCAGAUUUGGACCUCGUGGGGGCGCCCCGUCAACUCCAGCGCCAACGGCAACAGGACGGCGGGCAGCAAUGCGACCAUGGUCAGCGGCGAUGACGACGACGGCGACGACGACGGGCCCCUCAAGGCCAACGCCACCGCCAAUGCCAACGCGACGGGCAACGCGACGUUCGCGGGCUCUAGCGCCAACAGCGCCGGCAGCCCCGUGUUCGUUGGCGUCAACACCACCGCCAACACAAUCCAGCCUACGGUCAAUGCGACUGUGAAUGGGUCACUCGCGGCUGCCAGCGCGCCCGCAUAUGCGCCUGUGUCGCUCGCCAACCUCGCUGCCUAUGGGCCACUGGCAGCGAGCUCCAGCGACAACGCGACCACCGGCCUUCCAGCUGUGGGCCCCAAUGUGCCAGGCAACACGACCAGCAACUCUUCCCUAGUGGCGCUCAACGCCACUGUGACCGCCAAUGCCACUAUUGACGUCAACGCCACUGUGGCCGCCAACGCCACUAUCGACGUCAACGCCACCGUGGCCGCCAACGUCACUCUUGACAGCAACACCACCGCAGCCGCCAACGCGACCCUUGCCGUCAACGCCACCCUCAACGGCACUGUGGACAGUAACGCCACCGUCGCGCCGCCGCCGGGCCCGCCGCCGGCGGUGCAGUGCAGCGUCUUGAACGACGGCCACAAGUAUGUCCUGGGGAUCAAAUACAUCCCCGCCGGCUGGGAGCUGGGGUUCAACCACUUUGUGGGGCGGCUGGGGAUGCAGAUGCCGGAGACGGCGGCGAUGCUGCAGCGGUACCCAGUGGACUGGUAUGAGUUCUGCUGGUGA